AUGCUCUCCUCCUGCGGAUUCCGCUCGGCACGGACAUUGUCCCGCACGUUUGGCCUUGCCAGAGCACUCAAAGCAUCCUCUGCACGAUGCUACGCCAUUGCUGCACAAGACGUGUCCAAGCCAAAGUUGACGGCAAUUGACCAUUCAAAGUUGACCAUCACCAAGUCGACGACCCCCAAGGAAUUGAUCCCCAACGAUGAGCUGGUCUUCGGCAAGCACUUCACCGACCACAUGCUGUCCCUCGAGUGGACGGCCACGGACGGCUGGCAGGCUCCUCGCAUCACGCCCUACCAGAACCUCUCGCUCGACCCGGCCACGUGCGUCUUCCACUAUGCCUUUGAGUGCUUCGAGGGCAUGAAGGCCUACAAGGACGAGAAGGGCACCGUCCGGCUCUUCCGCCCCGACAAGAACAUGGCCCGUCUGAACAGAUCCUCUGCCCGCAUUGCCCUGCCCAACUUCGACCCCAAGGCCAUGAUUGAUCUGAUUGCCAAGUUUGUCAAGACCGACGAGCGCUUCAUCCCUGCUGCCCGCGGCUACUCGCUCUACCUCCGUCCCACCAUGAUCGGCACCCAGCGCACUCUCGGUGUUGGCCCACCCGGCUCUGCCCUCCUCUACGUCAUUGCCUCUCCUGUCGGUCCAUACUACCCCACCGGCUUCAAGGCCGUUUCCCUGGAAGCAACCACAUACGCCGUUCGUGCAUGGCCCGGUGGUGUUGGCAACGCAAAGCUCGGUGCAAACUACGCCCCCUGCAUCGUCCCUCAGAUGCAAGCCGCCUCUCGUGGCUUCCACCAGAACCUGUGGCUGUUCGAGGAAGACGGUGAGGAGUGGGUUACCGAGGUCGGAACCAUGAAUUUGUUCGCUGCCAUUCUCAACAAGGACGGAAAGAAGGAAUUGAUGACGGCUCCUCUGGACGGAACUAUCCUCGAGGGCGUUACUCGCGACUCCAUCCUGGAGCUCGCUCGUGAACGUCUGGUCCCCGAGGGCUGGGAGGUCAACGAGCGCAGGUUCACUGUCAGAGAGCUGGCUGAGGCUGACAAGGAGGGUCGCAUGCUCGAAGUCUUUGGUGCUGGUACUGCUGCCGUCGUCAGUCCUGUCCGCAACAUUGGCUGGAAGGACUCCAUGAUCAACUGUGGCCUCGAAGCCGACAAGGAGGCUGGUCCCAUCGCUCAGCGCAUGAAGGACUGGAUCGAGGGCAUCCAGUACGGUGACGAGCCCCACCCCUGGAGUGUCAAGAUCUAG